GGAGCGGCGGCAAUGGCGGCUCCGCAGCGAGGAAGCGGCUCCGGGAGCGGCCAGCGCAAAGCCUCCGCCCUGGUGGUGGUUGCAGAGUCCGGGAGAGCUGCGCUGCUGCAGGAUGUGAUUGUUCAGAUCCAGCGGGGGAUCCUCUCCUGGGACAUUGAUGCUGCUGCUUACAGCCUGGAUGAACAGCUCAAGCUCUUUGUGUCCAGACACUCUGCUACAUUUCCUGACGAAGCAAAAGGCCAGAAGAUUCUCCAUCACUGCGAUGAGGCUUUGGAAACAUUGGUCCUGAUAAACCCCUCCAAUGAGUCUCUCUGUGCUGAGAUACGGACCCUGAUAUCUGCAGCACCACGACACAAGCUUCUGGUGUUGGCUGGACCAUGCCUGGAGGAAUCGGGUGAUCUACUCUUGCAGAAAGGAUCCUUCACAUUCCAAGAUUUCAUCCAGAUCUUCACGGACAAGGAGAUUGGAGAGCUGUUGAGCUUCACAUCUCCUGCCAACAAGGCCAGCCUUACUCUUGCCUGCCCUGACUUGGGAGAAUGGAAGAAAUCGAGCUUGGAGAAGCACAGUCUCCAGGAGUUCAUUGAGAUCAGGCUGAACCCUCCAGUCACACUGCCAGAGAUGGAAGGACUGCAGGAAUUCCUGGAAUAUCUCUCUGAAACCAUGGAGUCGUCAUCACCCUUUGACCUGCUGGAGCCCCCAGCCACUGUGGGUUUCCUGAAGCUCUCUAAACCAUGCUGUUACAUAUUCCCCGGAGGGAGGGGUGACUCUGCUUUCUUUGCCGUCAAUGGAUUCAAUAUUCUGGUGGAUGGAGGAUCCGAUCAGAAAUCCUCAUUCUGGAAGCUUGUCCGCCACCUAGACAGGAUUGACUCUGUCCUGUUGACUCACAUUGGGACCGACAACUUGCCUGGAAUCAACAGUUUGCUGCAGAGAAAGCUGGCGGAACUGGAUGAGGAUCAAUCUCUAGGCUCUGAAAUGAACGGUGACUGGAUGAAACAUCUUAUUUCUCCUGAAAUUGGCGUCAUGUUUCUCAACGCACCUGAAAGGCUUCAACAUAUUGAGAGAAAUAAUGUCAGGCGAGGCAUCGAUGAGGUUAGUGUAAUGCUUCAACAUCUGGAUCUAUUGCAUAUUGAACCAUUGCCACUCUAUAGAACUGUUGGCAAUGCUUUAGAACCAACAAUUCUCUUUCAAAAAAUGGGUGUUGGACGUCUGGAGAUGUAUGUCCUUAACCCAAGUAAAGGCAGUAAAGACCUGGACUACUUGAUGCGGCAGUGGACAGGCAAUGGUUGGCCAAAAGGAGGAGACAUCCCAAUUCAGUGCCUGGUCUCCAUUUGUGCUCUUAUUGUUUGGCACCCAGCAAGUAAGAUGGAGAAGAUAAUCAGAGUGCUGUUUCCUGGUUGCACUCCUCAAGACAAGAUACUGGAGGGACUAGAGAGGUUGAAGCACCUGGAAUUCUUGAAGCAGCCCUCCACCACCUUGAGUGAACUGGAAGCUCUACAAAAAGACAAGGGCCCCAAGCCUAAACGAGCAGAAAGUCGGGAAAGUCUCAAGGGUUUCACCAAAGGGUUAUCUGUUAAGACAGGAUGUGACUCGGAGGCUAGCCUGGUGGGGAUGAGGCCAGGGUCUGCAAAGGACAAACAUAGGGUGGAGAGGAAGGACAAACCUGGAAAAACCAAAGCUGACACAGCACCAAGCGAAGGAGUGAAAGAGUAUCAUUCGAAUGUGUCGGCCGAGCUGAAGGCUAGAGAGCAAGUGGGUGACAAAUUGAAAGACACAAAGCCAAAACUAUCAAAGGAGAAACUGCAAAAGAAAGAGGUCAAAUCAAUUAAAACGGAAGAGAACACAGAUGCGAAAGUCUCUAAAAGGGAAGAAAGAAAAGAAACUGAGAAGAAAGUGGUGAGAAAAGAUGUGGCAAAGCAAGUUAAGAAGAUGGAGCCUAAAAAGGACGAAGGGACAGGAUCAAAGGCUCCCAUUAAAAAAAUGUCUGCGGUUCCUGCUAUCAGCAGAAAGACUUCAGCAAAAGCCAAAGUGCCAAGCAGAGAGAGUCUUGGAUCUAAAGAGGUCAAAAAGGAUCUGACUCCUUCUGCAAAAGGACUAGUCAAAGUCAAAUCCAAGGUUCAGAAAAAGGGGUCUACAAUAGAAUGCAAGCAAUCUCCUGGCAGUGUAUCUCUCGUUGAGAAGGGAGUUGAGCUGGGGGCUUCCAAGUUGUCCACACCAGAGGACAUGACAGCAGAGUUUGAAAAGCUCGAGCAAGCAGAACAGGAAGUGCAGGCUGGAGACAUAGAGGUACUGACCCAGGCUGAGACUGAGUUGGAAGGGAGUGAGGGGAAAGUGAUGGUGCCGGAUGAACCGUCACCUGAUGAGGGCUUCACCACAAUGGAGAACGAAAGUGAGCCCGAACCUUCUCCCCAAGGUGACAGUCAAGUUGUCAACACUGGCAUCACUAAAAAUGAGGAAGCAGUGGUCUUGGAAUGGCCUGAGACACACAAGGGAGGCAAGGACAUGGAAGAGAAACAGGAAACCAGAGGUGAUGCCGAGACUGAAUCUGAUCAAGGUAUGAUUAGAAUUAAUCAUAUUAAUGGCCUGAACUGUGAUACUGAAAAUGAAGAUGCUUUUGAAAUGGAAAGUCCCGAUAAGUUCAGGUAUUUUGAUGAAAAGUUAAGCCCUAGUAGGAACAUGGUGGCCCUUUCACCUCUUGCUAAAACCCCACGGAGUGAUCGUAGUGUUAAUUUUGAUCUAACACCAACUGAGCUCGGGCCACCAGAUGAAAUUAAAGCGCAGAUGUCUGUCAACAACCAGGAGGCUCUGGAGGACCAUUGUGCAAGCUCUGAGGAGAGGACCUUGGAGAUGGUGUCUCCUCCAGGAUCUGGCCCUGCCAGUGCUGGCCACACCCCUUUCCAUCAAUCACCAAUUGAUGAGAUCAUUCCCAGAAGUGAAGAUGGUUUAAUUGAGAGAGUUUCCAGUCUCCUCAAUGAGGAAAACCAGUUGAACAAUGCUUAUAAUAAGCCUCUAGAUGGAGGACCCCAGUCAAACACACGACCACCAUUUGAAAAUGCCAAUGCUCCAUUGGACAGACAUACCAGCUUCCUGACCUUGAGUCCAUUCAAGGAAGUUAUUUCUGAUGUCUCGCCAACUCUGACAACCCCGUCAUUGCCAGCAGAAGUUGGCUCUCCUCAUUCCACAGAAGUUGAUGAGUCUCUGUCCGUCUCCUUUGAACAGGUUCUGCCACCUCUGAGUGAAGCUCUGACCUCUCCACGAGAGGACAAUCAGAGGGGACCUCCCAAUGGCCUUUCUCCUGAACAUGAAGCAUUCUCCGGGAAAGGUGACCCUCAUGGCAUGAGCCUGCCCUUGAAGUCAUUGCAAGAUGCAUUUCGGACUCCGCAGGUGCCACUAGUCCAUGCCCCGGUGGAUGGGGAUUGUGCACUAUCUCACAGCAGUGGAGUUGACGGGCAUUUGCCACGUAUGGUGGGUCUCCCUUCUGAAUCCCCUCAUGAUGUUGACUUGUGCCUCGUGUCGCCUUGUGAAUUUAAGCACCCAAAGACUGAACUCUCCCCCUCCUUCAUUAACCCCAGUCCACGGGAGUUGUCAGAUGAGAGUGACCUUUCCCAGGAAUUUGCCAAGCCAAUUGUCCAAAGGAGGGGCCACAAAUCUCUGUCCAGUAGAAAGGCAGCGCUGGACGAAAGGACCCCGACCUCUGCUAGUGAGUCUCUCCCAACCCUCUCGGGUUCUGAUGUCCAGCCUGAGACUGAGGACUGCCCGUCCAUCACUGCAGAUGGGGGCAUUGACUCUGAGGAAGACUCUGAGAGCCUUCCAGCCAAUAGGUCUCAUCCUCCUGUGUCCUCCAGACCAUGUGACCCUCCUCCCAGCCCAAUGAAAGAUCCUCACCCACCCCCACCCCAACCUGGCACCUGCAUGGUCGACCCUGAGGUACUGACCCAGAGCCCUACCAAAAACGUCAUAGAGAGGACGAAAGGCAAAAAAUUGGGUUCAAAGCCGACCGUGGGCUCAGCAGCAAGGAAAACUGAAAACACUAAACAAUCGACUCUCUCCAAACCAAAAGGUCCCCAGCUGACGUCUAAAGAAGUGGAUAAAUUGGCCACGAGCAGUAAGAGCAGCCAAGUUGGGAAAGUUUUCCGGGUGAAUUCCAACCAGUCGAUAAAUUCGGAGGAGAAGGGAAGGAAUCCUCAGACGACAAGCUCCAAACCACCUCGCAGCACAGUCACAGGUGCAGUGAGCAAGAGUCCUUCUGUGGCCCCCCCUGUGUAUGUUGAUCUUGCCUACGUCCCCAACAGUUACAGUGCCAGAACAAUCAACGCAGACUUUUUUAGACGGCUGAGAUCUUCAAUCUAUGUCAUAAGUGGUGAUGACCCACAGAAAGAGGGGGCAAUGAGAAACAUUCUGGACUCGCUCUUGGAAGGCAAAUCAGUGUGGGGAAAUAACGUCCAGGUCACCAUAAUCCCGACCUUUGACUCUCCAAUCAUGCAUGAGUGGUACCAGGAGACCCACGAGAGGCAGCAGUCGCUGAACAUCACUGUCUUGGGAAGCAACAGUACAGUUGUCAUGCAAGAGGAGACUUUUCCAGCGUGCAAAGUUGAAUUCUGAUCAGGAGUAUGUGCAACGGACUGGACUUUGAGCGCUUUUGCUGUGGGCAGGGAGUUGAAACUCAUGUCGGUUUUAUCCCACCCAUUUGCCCUAGGCAAAUAUGUAGAUCCUUCUCUGGAGUGUGUUUUUCUAGAGAUGCGUCAAAUUGUACACACCCCCACCCCACCACCAUCCCUACACCCCCACCCCACCACCAUCCCUACACCCCCCAAAAAAAUUCUCCCAGCUCAUGUGAUGCUUCAAAAGUUGCACAGUUGUACCAAGCCUCAGGCUCUAAAUUCAUAAAAACCCAGUGAACUGGGUGAAAAGCCAAGCUGUGAAAAUGGGCAAGCAAGU